UAUUAUACAAGCUUGUAGAUUAAUCACCAGUGGCUUUGGGUCUGUACAUGAAUGAACCCCUAAACUCCCAGGCACCGAGCUUUGAACCCGCGGUAUGAGGGUGGAACUAAAGUACGAUACAGAAGUAGCAUCCCGGUGGCUCAAGGACGCUAUAUUUGUAUGCUGUUUGUUACGUCAUCAAUCGGUGACUAUAACGAAUAAUAACCACAUAUUAUGACGUAACAAUUGGUGGCGUUAGUGACAGAGUGUUGGUUUAUGUCAUCAGAUUGUUACGUCGUAUGCCGCGGAAUAAUGACGUACAUAUGACGCAAUAAUCAAUGACAUCAAGAAGACGGUUGGCGAUUGUUACUGGAACAAUCAUUUGUGUCGUCAUAAUCCUUGCUACGUCACUAUCAAUAAUACGUAUUGUGACGUCAUACUCAUCAAGUUUGGAUCGCAUUGUUGGAAAACAAGUCGUUUAUGACGUCGAACGACGUCACAGGGAUAAAAUAAGACAUCGAACAAUUGGAAGAAGGAAGCGAUCGACAGAAGGGAGCGGAAAUGACGUAUGUGACGGAAACAUUUGCAACCAUGGCAACUGUUCGAAUACCGACGAUGGGGUGGAAUGCGAUUGCGACAUCGGUUGGGUUGGGGAGAGAUGCGAAGAGGAAGAUCCAUGUGGGGGGAAUCCGUGUUUACAUGGGGGUAGCUGUGUUAAUGUGGGGGUCAAAUACAGGUGUUCAUGCAUCGUUGGUUUUACCGGUGACGUAUGCGAGCAUGACGUCAACGAGUGUUGGUCGAACCCGUGUGGAAAUAACGGGGAAUGCUUGGAUCUGAUUGGUCGGUUUGAAUGCAAGUGUUUUGCAGGGUGGGAGGGCGACACCUGCCGAGAAGACGUCGACGAGUGUUCUAGCAAUCCAUGCGAGCAUGGAUCGAGCUGUAUGACGCCAUCAAAGAACGAUUAUUACAAAUGUCUGUGUGUUCCAGGUUACACUGGGGUCAACUGUGAAACGGAUAUUGACGAUUGUACGUCACACCCAUGUAACAAUGGUGGUUCUUGUAUUGAUGACGUCAAUAGUUACCAUUGUUCUUGCAUAAUUGGCUUUGUUGGUGAUCAUUGUGACGUAGACAUGAACGAAUGUGAUUCACAACCUUGUCAUAAUAAUGGGACUUGCAUUGAUCUCGUUGGAAGGUUCAAAUGUGAAUGCCCUCCCGGGUUCGUGGGUCACGUGUGUGGUAUCGACACGGAUGAGUGCGCGAGCCAACCAUGCGUGAACGGGGGGAUUUGCGAGGAUCUGAUUGGUGGAUAUCGUUGCUUGUGCGGGCCUGGUUGGAGCGGUGACGUAUGCAGUGAUGACGUGAACGAGUGUUUAAGUUCUCCAUGUCGUCAUGGUUACUGCACACAACAUCAACAUAAUGCUUAUAGAUGCGAUUGCAACAAUGGAUGGAGCGGUACCGAUUGUGACUUAGACAUCGAUGAAUGCGAAAACAAUCCGUGCGCGAAUCGCGGUACAUGCGUGAACAACGAUGGAAGCUUCUUUUGUGAUUGUCUUCGGGGUUACUCGGGGUCAACAUGUUCUGAUGACGUCAACGAAUGUACGUCAUCACCGUGUCGUAAUGGCGGGACGUGUAAUGACGUCAUAGACGGUUAUAAUUGCAAUUGUCAACCUGGUUAUGACGGAAUAAACUGCGAUAAUGACGUCGAUGAAUGUAAAAGCAAUCCUUGCGCCAAUCACGGUCGUUGUAUUGAUCACGUGGGUGGCUUCGAGUGUUCAUGCAUGAGUGGUUUCAUCGGCGACUAUUGUGAGGAAGAACUAAACGAAUGUCUUAGUUCUCCAUGUAACAAUGGCGGUACAUGCAUCGAUGAACGCGAUCGAUGGAAGUGCGCAUGCGCAGUAGGUUACCAUGGAGAUAUGUGCCAGUAUGACGUCAACGAGUGUCAUAGCAACCCUUGUCGUAAUGACGCAACAUGUGUUGAUGACGUAGCAAGCUACCAUUGUUCCUGCGUUUCCGGAUUCACCGGAAGUCUCUGUGACGUCAACAUUAACGAUUGUGACGUCAACCCUUGUAAGAACAAUGGUCAUUGUGACGACAGAGUUGACGGCUUCGCGUGUUGGUGUCAACCCGGAUUUUCAGGAGAAUCGUGCGAGAUUGAAAUCAACGAAUGUGAAUCGAACCCGUGUGCGAAUAAUGGAACAUGUGAUGACGUCAACAAUGGAUAUCGAUGUGUUUGUCAACCCGGGUAUAAUGGGGUCCAUUGCGAGGGAACAAUCACUGUCUGUGACGUCACUUCAUGUUUGAAUGGGGGAAGCUGCAUCGAGAAAGAGGGAGCGUACGUGUGCAACUGCAUCGCGGGGUUCGAAGGUCGAUAUUGUGACGUCAACAUAGAUGAUUGUGACGUAGUAACAUGUCAUAAUGGAGGAUCGUGCGUUGAUAAAGUCAACGAUUUCUGGUGUUUGUGUCGGGAGGGUUACCACGGAAAGUUAUGCAACGACACGAGCGAGGCAGAUUGGAAUCAAACAAUGUCGUAUGUGACGUCAUUAUUACCGUGUGUCGUCAUAAUACUAGCCGCAAUGAUAAUCGUCAUCGUUUAUUUUCGAGGGAGGAAAAAAUCCCAAGUGACGUCAGUGGAGAGCGCGACCAAUCGCAAGCCUUCAAACUUUCAACCAAUCAGUAACGGUGUUGCAAACCACGUGACUUGUCCAGUUGCUCAGGUGAAUGCAUACGAUUAUUACACGACACCUGUGAUCGCUCAACCGUAUCCAACCAUGACGUUGCAUGACGUCAAUGAUGACGUAUUUUUGGAAGCCAAUCAGAUCGCGGCUGAGCUGAGGAAGAAACCGACGAAGCGGAACCGAACCAAGGAAGAGAAAAGAGAAAGGAACGAAAUGAAGCGGAAGUUACGUCAUAUGCAGAAGAUUAAGCAAAUGACGUCAUCAAACAAUGAUCGUAACGUCAAACCGGAUGUGACGAAACAAAACGAAAAUUCGCGAAGAAGAAAAUCUUCGAAUAAAAGCAAGCAUAAAAAAGACGAUUGUCCUCCAAAUUUCAUCCCAAGUCCAGAUGUUAAUCGAACAUCGAAAUCAUAUGACGCAGGUGAAGAAAGUUCUAGACGAAAAUCUGACAAACGGAAAUCGCGGAAGAAUUCGAUUAAUCGAGAAGAAAAUAAAGCAAGUGUUGUGACGUCACCGAAUGAUGACGUCACGAAGAUAAACGGAGGAAUACGAAGGGAACAAACGUUUAUGUUUCCCAACAAUCCCGACUUUGUGACCGAACAAACGUUCCAAGUUUCAAACAAAGAAAAGAAUGUAAACAACAAAUCAAACUUCGGGCUAUCACGUGACCAAACUAUUUGCUAUCCGAGAUUACCGCGUGGUGGUAUCCAAGAGCAGAGAGGCGAGCUUUAUUACAACAAACUACCAGCGCGAGAGGUUACCGGAGAAACGAGAAGGUCUGACCCGGUGACAAACACCCAUGGUUACGUCACAAACAAACAUCGACGAAGAAGCUCUGACGUAUCGAUGUCACGCAUCGCUGCCUUCAAAUAUUGACUACCUCUGUUAUAGAAAUCGUAUUUUUUCUUGUGUUUGUAAAAUAAAAUAUUUUUCUCUAAAAAUAUAAAUAAAAUAUUACUCCCCGUA